AUGGCACAUCUUCGCUUCCUGACAGGGAUUCGUUCGACUACCGGCAUUUACACUAUACGAAACUCAGGGCGGGCACGGAUACUGGCAACGCCAUUCGUACAGCGACGAUAUCAAGGAUUGCCAAUUGGUCCCCAAUUACCUGGUCAGCAAGACGAGGACGCGGACGAUCAACCAAAAUCCUCCAGCAAGAAAGAUGGCAAAAAGGAAGGAUUCACCUGGGGGCCUACCCUCUUCAAGAUGUUCGAGGCCGCUCUCACUACCUUUGCGUCAGUCGCCAUAUUAGGCGCCGUGGGUUAUGGCUACACUCGAUACUACAAGUAUAUGGUCCUCGAGAAGAUUGAGAAUGCCUUCAAGCCGGGUGAUCCAGUGCUCGACCUCGCCGCGACUAGCAAGCAAGGCACGGCAACUGGUGGCACGAUUCUUUUGGACGAGGACAAGCAGCGCGAGCAUUGGGUUCUCCGAGAGGAACAAGACCUCAUCGACUCAAUCGUUUCCGGACGGACUAGAGGCCAGUACCAUCUACUUGUAGGCGAGAAGGGAACCGGCAAAUCCAGCAUGCUCAUUGAUGCCAUGGCCAAGAUUAAUGGUGAAGGCUGUGCGAUGUUCGAUGCCCACGCCGAUCCAGAGAUCUUUCGCAUUCGACUAGGCAAGGCGCUGGAUUUUGAAUAUCACGAAGACAACAUCGGCUCUCUGUUCUCCAUUCGAGGACCACGGGACGCUGGUGCAAUACUCGACAUUGAACGAGCGUUCAACAAGCUGGAGAAAGUCGCCAUGGCCCGACGAGAGAGGGUCGGUCGGCCGAUCAUCCUCAUCUUCAACUCGAUGCAUCUUCUACGAGACGACGAUAUUGGUAAAGACCUGCUUGAGCUCAUUCAACAGCGCGCAGAGCAAUGGGCUGCGAGCAACCUUGCCACGGUGAUCUUCAACUCGGACGAUUACUGGAUCUACGAGCGGCUCAAACAAUAUGCGACGAGGAUGAACGUGAUUCGAAUUUUGGACCUCAACAAGGACAAAUCGAUUGCCGCGUUGCGGAACUAUCGAAACCGGUACCGUGGUGAAAAUCCCGAUUCUUCGUUGCUGGAGCAGGUCUACGACAAAGUCGGCGGUCGGAUGUCGUACUUGACCCGAGUGGCAAAGUCUCCAGAUAUGAUGAAGACAGCUGAAGAUAUCUGUCAUAUGGAAAAGACCUGGUUUCUCAAUCAAUGCUGGAUCCUAGGGCAAGGAAUGGACGACGAUGUCAUGGACCAACAGAAAUACGCCUCUGCUGCGAUGGUCCUGGCCAAGGCACUCGUUGACCAAGAGAAGGAGAUGGAAAAGACCUAUGAUCCGGACCGAGGUCACAUAUUACCAGAGAUUCCUCUGCACCAGGCACGAGAGAUCAUGACGAGAGCUGAUUUCAUUCAAAGCUAUGAUACCAUCAACAUCUUUGCGAUUGACAGCAAGGCCAUGGUCCGUGCAGACUCCGUUCCCAUGAUGAACGCAUUCAGAGAAGUCUGCGCAGAGGAAGGCUUCGAUCAGUUCUUGGAGGAUACGUUGGAUCGCAUCAGCGCCAUCGAAUCGCUUGGACGCACGCGGGAGUUGACGAUCAAGGACCUCUGGGACAAGGGCAAGUAUAGAAUCAAGAUCGAGGAUGCACGUGGAAGAGGGACUGGGGGCUUGACGUUUGAAGUGGAGAAGCCUGAGAGUGAUGAAGACGAUGACUAG